CGGUGGAAUAUCAGGAGCCUGAGUGACUGAAAAUGUCAGGGAUAAGAAGAAACGAGUGGGAGAAUCCAGUCCGGCAGCAACAUGUUCUUUAACAAAUCAGGAUUAGUUCUGUGAGGUGUUGAAGAAAAUGUCUGUUGUGAUUUGGUUCGGUUUCAGCUUGUGGAGUCUGUCUGGUGUGUUUGGUUUUGUGUCUGUGUCGGUGACUGAAGGAGAUUCUGUGACUCUAUCUGUGAAUCUGACUGAAGUAGAGAAGAAAUAUGGAAUCUCCUGGAAGUUUGGACAUCAAAACAUUACAAUAGUUGAAACAGAAAAUGAAGGCACUUACAAGCGUUUACAUGAAGACAGAGCUGAUGGAAGAUUCAGAGGCAGACUGGAGUUUAACUUACACACUGGAUCUCUCACCAUCAACAACAUCACAAACAAACACUCUGGAUUUUAUACAGUCAUCAACACAGACUCAAAGACUAAAAUCAAUAUGUUCAAUAUUACUGUAUACGCUCGACUACCUGUUCCUGUCAUCAGCAGAAACUCUUCGUUAUCAGACAUCUCAAAUUGUUCAGUGUUGUGUUCAGUGAUGAAUGUGACACAUGUGAGUAUCUCCUGGUACAAAGGAAAGAGUUUAUUGUCCAGCAUCAGUGUGUCUGAACACAGAGACAUCAGCAGCAUCUCUCUUCAUCUGGAGUGUCUGAAUGAUUCUUACAAAUGUGUAAUAAACAAUUCCAUCACAAACCAGACUCAACAUCUCAACACUGAUGUCUGUCACAAGUGUUCAGAUAUCUCAGAAAACUACAUCUGCAAAUGUACUUUUACUGAAGCUGUGAUCCGAUUGGUCCUCUCUGCUCUGGUGGGUGUGACUGUUGUUGCUGUUCUGGUUUAUGAUGUCAAAUCCAGAAGUAAGGAAAAGAAGAUGAGAUCAGAAAACAUGAGAUCAGACAUUCAGUUAAACGCUUCUGAUUCAGCUGGGUGUUAG